CUCAUUGGAUUGUGGAGACAGAGUACAUUGAAACUAAUUCUACUUACUCAUUACGCCAUCCGAGUUUUCCUAACUACUAUCGUCACUGUCUGUAUAGGCAUUGGAGUAUAUCAACAGCGAUAAACUAUAAAAUGAAGUUACGUUUUAAAACCAUAAUUAUGGAGGAAGGUUUUGACUUUUUAUAUCUUGUUUACGGUAUCAAUCCAAUAGUUGUAGAAUUAUCUGAUAGUAGAAAUGCUGAUUUACUGAUGACGCUUGAAAACACUUUUUUCGACUCGAUGGAAUUUUACGUAUGCACAGACCUGAUUACCGAGGGCCCUGGAUUUGAUAUAACUAUAACACCAUUAUAUACGGAAUCAUCUACUGUAGAAAUCGAGAUCCCAGGAGUGGAAUCAACCAUUAAUCAAAUCAAAAGCUCAGAUACGGAAUCAACAACUUUAGAAAUCGAGAUCCCAGAAACAAGUGGAGGGAUGUCUGUUUCCCCGUUAAACGCAACUUUCCCGACGACUGGCAUACACCAAGAAACCAACUCGUUCACCCUUGCUGAAACAUCUUAUUAUUUGCCUACUUCGAGAACACUAAAAGGCCAAACAUUUACUUCUAUGGUCACUCUAGACUUGAUGCCAACAGGAAUCAAGAUCGAGAAGAUUUUGAAUCACUCUAUGUCACUUGGAUCUGAUAUGAAUGAAGAGGAGGCUGUACAAAUACUAAUAUCUACCAUGGAAAUCACAUCGAACGAAGCUAACAAAUUGGAGGAAAAUGAUGUAUCCAAUGUAAUCAGCACACUGGGUCUCGUUGCGCCUUCAUCUGCAUCAUCUGAAAAAACCGUGAAGAUGUUCCUGUCUGUUGUUGAUAAUAUUCUUGAAGAAGAUUUGCUUGCUUCUACAACUGAACCGUACGUUGAAAGCACAAUAUUAUCUCUUAUGGAAUCGUACACGGCUGCCGUUUCUGAAAAUGCCGUUUCAGAAAACUUGGCCUCAAAAGCAUCAUCUAAUGUCAAACUGACAUAUGAAAAGAUAGUUGUACAAAUGCAAGCAAUUUCCAGUAACACGACAACAUCAAUGAAUUGGAUCAAUGUCUCUUUUGAUGAUGGGUCCGUCCAGGUAUGUGUACCAACCGCCAACAUCAAAGGCAAAUCAGUUAAGAUAGGCCUAAUUACUACUGUCUACAAGACAUUGCAUGUGACCAUUCCGGAUAAGAUCGAAGGAAACCAAGAAGAAAACCCAACAAGAAUGGGCUCAUUUACAGUAUCACUCAUCAUCACUGAAAAUGACGUUGUUUCUACUAGAGGCCUACUAAAUUUGAACAAUCCACUUGAGAUAAGUCUAGAUCACGUGGUUGAAUUGAGAAAAGAUGAACAGGCUAUAUGCACUUAUUGGAAAUUUAAGGAUAACCAAAAUGGUGGGGUGUGGUCAGAAGAUGGUUGCUGGGUUGCUUCCGCAUUGCCAAAUAAAACGAUCUGUCACUGCACUCAUUUAACUAAUUUUGCAAUCCUCAUGCGAGUCAACAAAUCACCCCAGGUACUUUCAGUUCAGAAUGCUUUAGCAUUGGAAAUUCUAACGUACCUGCUGACGUCACUCUCGAUCAUCUGUCUUCUACUGACAAUUUUCACUUACGUGAGGCUCAAAAUAUGGCGAGCUAGACGCAACAUCAUCCAUAUUAACCUGGCCGCGUCAUUAGCCAUGGCACAGUUCUUUUACAUUUGCUUCAUUAAUGCCACUAAUAAUAAGAGUUCCUGUACUUUCGUCGCCAUACUUCUACAAUACUUGUUUACUGUUAGUUUUGCGUGGAUGUUGCUGGAAGGUGUACAUCUGCUGAUGAUGUCCAACAUUAGUCUUCAGCAUAAAAAUCCAAAGACUUAUGUUUACGUCAUAUCCGGCUGGGUGUCACCCCUAGUGAUUGUGUUAAUUUCGUUCCUAGUUAAGCCUUCAAGUUACGGGACAGAGAAUUCGUGUUGGCUCGAUACAUCCACAGAUAUAAUCUGGGCCUUUGUUACGCCGAUCCUAUUGGUUAUUUUCGGAAACACCUUUGUUCUACUGUCUGUUAUCAAACGAUUCAUGAGCCUAAAAGCAAAUGUCCGUAAAAGCAGAAGGGAGCGAAUGAGAACUAGCAUUCGUGCUGUCUUGAUGAUGCUACCAUUAAUGGGAAUGACUUGGAUAUUUGGUUUGGUGGCGUCCUUUGAUAAAACAAACUUUUUCGCAUACAUGUUUGUUAUCUUCAACUCGUCACAGGGGGUGUUCAUUUUCAGUCAGCUAAUUGUACUCAACAACGAAGUAGGUUUUUAUGUCUUUAACCCUUUCCUAAAAUAA